AUGGUGCCUACAGACGCGUACCUGGGUCAUGGUAACCCUUCUUCAAGUUCCCUGGCUUCCCGUCGCAAUACCGUACUUCCUGCCGACAUGGAGUACGCAAUAGCUGGCGACGCCGCAACCAGUCCGGCCUUCAGACUCCGUGCUUGCACAAUUGCGACCACGUUGGACCGUUCCGCGCCCAGGAGCUUGUCUGGUGGCCUUGCUCGCUCGCAGCACGUCAAUUCGCUUCGCCUCUCCGUACCUUCAGCUCCUUCAAGACGUGCCUAUCGCCGAGUAAGCUCCGUCUCGGUUCCGCGUAGGCGUGAAGUCAGGGAUCCCGAGGAGUUGCCGCAUGGAGAUGGCACCCGUGCCGUCGUUAUAGCGAAGGCUGUACGGAAAUCCGGGUGGAAUAGACUCCACACCGUGACACCCGCAGCAUGGCGAAAGCUGGAGUCCCGGCGAUUGUUUCGACUCGGGAGUCCAGACAACACGGGGGUUAAAUCCCGGCAACUUUUAAGCCAAUCCCGAAAGGUUCGAGCCAGCGGCUUACACGGAGGGUCAGGCGAAAGCACCAGUGGAGGUUCGGACGAUGAAUUGGCGUUUGAGGAGAGGGGUGCAAUUGGCGGGAGUGACGGGAAGCAAGUAGCGGCCAAUUGGGCCACCAGCAAUCGCAGCGGCGGCAGCAGGUUUGAAAGCGGCGGAGGAUCUAUUGAGUCAAAACACUCGAAUGGGAGUGUUUUUGAAAAAGAGUCAAAAGGCGCGACAGCCGAGAGCAGCGCAAACUACGGGACGGCUGCCGUACAUGCAGCCGCGGAAGCACCUGAGGCGGAGUGGAAGGAUAGUAAAACGUCGCGAUUGCCUGGUGGAGUUGCGAGAGGCGCGGGAGAAGCACGGGUGGAAGAAUUGGAUUCGGACGGUUCAAGAGGACGCCAUGCGGCGCAUGGGACGGUGGGAAGCGGCGCAGAGUGGUCAGGAAGCAUGGAAGGAGUCGCUAGCGCGGCGGAGGUGAACGCGAUGGAUGGAGCAGGCUUCGAGGAUGCGAGCACCCUGACGCUGGAGGCCAAUGCGUGGGACGGCGAUGCUUUGGGCGGAGCGGAAGGCGAGCAGCCAUGGGUUGCAGAGGGCGAGCUUGAUGAGAGCAUGGGGUUGCCUGGGGAUGAUAAAGAGGAUGGAGAGGCGGAAGGAAGGCCCAUGGGCGCAGCUGGAGGAGGGGGGGGAUUGGACGAGGAGGACAGGGCUCGCUGGGGAGCUGCGGGGUCGUUCCCGGGCGCGGGGAUAGCAGCGCGGGUGAUGGAGGUGGAGUGGGAGGACGUGGCUCGCACGGCGGUGCGGCGCGCCGUGCUGCUGUUCGUCAUCGCGCGCCACUUGCUCGCGUUCAUGCUCGCUUCCGUCGCCGCGCUGCCCGGCCAGCUGCGGCGCGCCUGGUGGCCGGAUGACGCGGCGGCGGGGGCGCAGGCAGGGGGAGCGAGCGGAGCAAGAGGCAGCGGAGCUGUGGCUGCUGGUGGUGGUGGUGAUGCUGUAUCUGGAAGGGCAGAUUUGCGUGGGUGGGACCUGGAUUUCCGCGCUGGUGUUGGGGGUGGUGCUGGUGGAGCUAGCGCCAGCAGACGCGCGAGGAGCAGGAGCAGCAGGAGGAACAGGAGUGGCAGGGUUACCGACAGCACUGACGAUGCACGAAAUUCGCCGGCAGUGGUGAAGCUGCGCAUGUCCAUCACCAUGGCCAACCUCACCAUGGGGCUCCCCACCUUCCUCGCUCACGUGCGGUGGCACAUGGUGCCGUUGCUGCACGACCUGUCGCUGCCCAUGCUAGCGCCCAUUCUCUUUGGCUCGGGCAUUGUAUUCAAGUCCGUGGUCAACAACCUCGGCAUUGUGCUGCCCCGCCUUGGCAUAGCGGUGGUGCUGCUGUGGGUGCUGUGGGGGUGCAACUGUGUGCUGCAGCGCGCCAUCACCAAGACAGCAGAGCGCCGCCUCGUGGACCGCAACGUCAAGGACGUGCUCGUGCUCGCCGUCGAGAUCACAAUGACAGCCGCAGCAGUGGUUACCGUCCUCUCCAGUGUGGGCAUCCGCAUAUCAGCUCUGGUUCUGCCUCUCUUCAUCGUCACAGCGCUGGCAGGAAAGGACCUUUGGCACAACUAUUUCGGUGGCUUCUUCCUUUUCGCUGCCCGGCCGUUCCGGGCAGGCGACACCCUGGCGCUGCACUGCUCUCUCUCCCCCACCGCACCAUCCACGCCAUCAGCACACGUGUCAGUGGGAACAGGGUGGUUUGAGGGCGUGUGCGAGUCAGUCGAUCUGCGCUUCACUGUCGUCCGGUCCGGCACGCUCCGUCUCUUUCAGCGUCCGCGCGGGGCCUCCGCGCCGGAUGCCUCUCCGCGCAAGCCCGCGUGGCUGCGCCAACGCGCGCCGCAGGGGAAGCGGUACGAGCAGGUGCAGGAGUCGCUGCAAGGGCUGCGACUGAAUACCGUGUGCGAAGAAGCCAAGUGCCCUAACAUCGGGGAGUGCUGGAACGGCGGGCAUGGCGACGGCGGGUUGGGCACGGCGACGAUCAUGCUCCUGGGGGACACCUGCACCAGGGGCUGCCGCUUCUGCGCGGUGGCGACGAGUCCCACCCCUGCGCCGCCCGACGAGAACGAGCCUGAGAACACCGCCAGGGCCAUCGCCUCGUGGGGGGUGGGGUACAUAGUGCUGACGAGUGUGGACCGGGACGACCUGCCUGAUGGUGGCGCCAACCACUUUGUGCGCACGGUCAAGGAGCUAAAGUCACUGCGUCCAGACAUCCUCGUGGAGUGUUUGGUGUCUGAUUUUCGAGGGGACAAGGCAGCAGUGGCGGCACUCGCCACAUCGGGCCUGGAUGUCUUCGCGCACAACGUGGAGACUGUCAAGAGACUGCAGCGCUCCGUCAGAGAUCCUCGCGCUGGUUACGAUCAGUCGUUGACUGUGCUACAGCAUGCGAGGGAGGUGGCUCCUGGUGUGGUAACCAAAUCGUCCAUAAUGUUGGGGCUGGGAGAGACAGACGAGGAGGUGGCGCAGACAAUGAGGGAUCUGAGGGACGCAGGAGUGGAGAUAGUGACUCUCGGGCAGUACCUGCAGCCCACGCCGAUUCACCUGCCCGUGAAGGAGUUUGUCACGCCGGCCAAGUUUGAUGAGUGGAGGCAGUACGGGGAAUCCAUUGGAUUCCGAUAUGUUGCCAGCGGACCUCUGGUCCGCUCUUCGUAUCGAGCUGGGGAGUUUUUUGUGGACUCUGCGCCUGUGGCUCCCCGUGCGGCCUCGGUGGUGCCGCCUGUCACACCGGUGUUGGCUCCUUCGGCUGGUCCCUCUGCUGGCCCCUCGGCUGGCCCCUCCGCGGCAGCACCUGCCCCGUCGGUGUCUGCUCAAGAGACUACCAAUGCUCCUUCCCUGGCUAUUACCGGCCGUUACCAGCGCCUUCGCCGCAAUCGUGACGUCGUGGGAGUCGUCGUUGCUGCGCUCGUCCGCGGCACUGCAGCCUUUGCUGUCAUCAUGUUCCCCGAGGCUAUGGAAGCCCACCGCAGCCGUAUUGUCACGCGCGUCCGCAGCAUCCUCCGCGGUCGUGACUUCUCGGGUGGCCGUGUCCCUGAUUUCGAAGCCUCUGCGGCAGAUCUCCUGCGCCUGCCGCGGCGUUCGUACUGCCGCCAUUCUUUCCAGUGGCCCACCGCUGACGACGCGAACCGCUUCAAGAGGCUGCUCCUGAUAACGUACCGGUCUUCUGAGGGUCCGUCAGCUGAGAUCAAGAUCUUCCAAGAUCCGUUUCCCGAGUUCUCUGCUGCAAAGGCGCGCGGCGAGACUGUGCUGAUCUUGCGUAACGUGCCUGUGGGGAUCUCCGUUCAGUCUCUGCACUCUUUGCUUGUGACCCAACGUUCUGAGAAUGGUGCCAAGUGGCUCGGUGAUUUGCUGUUCUUUCAUAAGCUGUUUGACCCUUACGAGGAAGCCUUCCUCCCGCAGAUGCUCGGGAUCCCAGUUGCGGCUCCCAAUGAUCCGGACUUCGAGGCCAUUCCUGCAGUCAUCUGGGUCCCUGAGGUGCAGGAACCAAUCCUGGUGAACGUCUCCUCGCACGCGUGCGCGGUGUGCACCAGUAAUCACCGGACGCGCGACCACAGCAGCUUUGCUGCGGUCCGCAGGAACCGCAUCAACAACCCUUUCACCAUCACCCUGGGACAGCUCCAAAACUUGAAUGCCCGGAUCAUUGGGAUGCACCCUGCCGUCAUGACCUUCAAAGCCGACCCUGGCAUGCUGUUCAUUGGAACCGACAUCGAGGUAGAGGUGUGGACGUGCGGACUGUGCUCGCUCUGCUGCGGCUGGGCACUGGACAGUGCGCUGGAACACAUCAACAGCCCGACCCACAUGGCUGCUCUUCAGAACAUCAAUGGCAGGAGCACCCCCAAGGAGGAGCUUGUGGAUGUGAAAGUGCACGAGUUUAUCCAGAAUGGCCCCAUUGCCACGUUCCUUGCUCAGGGAUAG